CGUCGAAAAAAAUGUAGUGACGUCACGUCGUUGUUAUGAAAAUAUGGAGAAAAAACAUGGAGUCCUUUUAAAUAUCUGAAUAUUUUUCCAAAUAUCCUGGACAAUGCAGUUCUCCUUGCCAGAACACGACCCAACGUAAGUACGUACCCAUGGGGACUGGUUCAGUGGGGUUAGCUCUCACUGUCCUGCUGAUUGUGUUCCCCAGGCAUACCCUGCUCUACAACCCACUGUACAAGCCUGAUACGAACUGUUCACAUUUGUGUACAUGCAAUGAUAACCCCAUGGAGAGCACGAUGAAGCAUUAUAACGAGAUCAAUUUUGGGUUAAUGGGCGAAAAAUUUCGACCAGAACUGAAACGUUUCGACCCCAAUUCACAAUACAUGGUUUUUAUGGGUAUUUUCGCGCCAAUCCUGCAUCGAAUCGCGACUGUGUCGUGUGAGCUGACAGACGGCCUCUCGCACUCCAUACUCUCCCUGCUGAACGGUAUGGAAGACAUCACGUAUACAGCAUUAGACGUCACAUGUCGGAAUGGUGAAAAUCUUGUAUGGGAUAUCCCUUCCUGGUCGACAUCUUUUAACAUCUUUACUAGCGACAACUGCACGAUUGUACCGUCGGUCGAUGGCAAACACAUCGUCUUGCCCAUGAACUUGUGGAUUAUAGACAUAUCAGCUGGUGGCCUGGAUAUAUUAGAAAAAAUGGAUCUUAAAUUUACAAUGAACACAUUGGCUCUUACUAUAAGGGGGUCGAACACAACUACAACUCCACGGGAUUGGCAUGAUAAAUAUAUGCUAUCAGCUGCAGUGAUCAGUUUACCCAACAAUAGUAUCGAACGUUUCGAGUGUUAUCUACAGUUUACGCAUCGGCUAGAUACAUUGAACCUUGAGAGUAACAAACUCACUCGAUUCCCGGACUGCGUGCUGGACCCCAGAGUUAUGCAUCUGAACUACCUGUCGUUGGCUGACAACAGAAUCUCAGACCUGAGCCCAAUCUUUAAGUCCAUCGACACCACCCUGGUGCCUGAUAUUCGCAUCAUCAACCUGAGCAAGAACGAGAUCCGAGGCAUUGAGCCCAUCAGAGACAUGGGGAGCCUCGCCCAUUUGGACCUCAGCCACAACUUUAUCAAAGAGCUGCCAGACGACGCUUUCGUCAAUCUGCGAAACCUUGAGCGGCUGUACCUCAGCCACAACCGUCUGCACAUGAUGGGGCUACACGCCUUCAUUAUGAACUUCAGGCUGGAAUACAUAGACCUGAGCCGUAACGCUUUAACCAGUUUAACAUCAGAACAAUUUCCUGAGGGGAGAAAUCAGAUUCAUUUGGAUUUGAGGUACAACAGAUUGGUUUACCCCCCUUUCAAAGACUGCAGCAAACGCAAAUCAGCCAACAUAAGUUUUACACUUCGCUCCGGUUUUAACCCAUACAUCUGCGACUGUGGAAUGGUUGAAUUUGAAAAAUGUGUGAACUGGCUAGACAGUUUAAAAGUGAAUGGCACAACGGCUGAGACAGUUUAUCAAGAUAUGCGAAACAUGAAGUGCUCGAGUCCGUACUGGCAAAAAGGGAUGGCGCUUGGGGAGUUGUAUUUCACGAAUCACUGCAUCAUCUCGGAAAACUGUCCAUUUAGCUGCUCGUGUACUGUAGAACACGUCAACACUCUGCUGGUCAACUGCUCCUCACGACGGCUGCUUGAGAUGCCGGACACGUUGCCUAGUUACCCCAACAAACGCGUCAACCUCUACCUAGAUCACAAUCCCCUACAGAUGCUGAGCUACAGAUCGUAUCUACACCGUUUAUCUGAGCUCCACAUGCACAACUGCUUGCUUACUUUCAUCACCCCUGCCGCCAUUGCUGCACUUGAGAACAUCCGGGUCUUGACCCUGCACAACAAUUUGCUACAGAAACUACCUAGAAGCACCCGCAAUAUCACGUUGAAUUACGCGGUCAACGUGACCCUACAUGACAACAGAUGGGCGUGUUCGUGUGAUAGCCUGUGGCUCCCCCAGUGGAUCAGCCAGCACAAGUCCGCUCUAUGGAUGCCAGGCAACAUUGUCUGCGAUUAUCUCCGCAAGCCAGUCGAGGAUCUGAGCGCCUUGGACUUGAACUGCAAAUCUUCGAACUACUUCUUGGAGACGUUCCUGAUGGCCACCCUGAUCAUGUUAACCAUCUUCUCCUCCAUCGGCAUAGCUGUUUGCUACAGAUCUGAAAUAACUGUUUUGGUUUUCUCCAAACUCGGGCUAAGGUUGAAAAACAGCUUUAGCUAUGGAGACUGUUUUACCCCGUACGACGCUUUCAUCUCGUAUAGUCAGGAUAAUUUCAGAUAUGUUGUAGAUACGCUGGUCCCUCAUAUAGAAAAGUUACCACAGAAAUAUCGCUUGUGUUUGCAUUACCGUGACUUUCCCUACGGAGAGUCAGUUGUAGAUAACCUCCCGUGGGCCAUCCGGCUGAGCAGAUGUUCUAUCUUGGUGCUGAAUAAAGGCUUCUUGCAGAAAGAAUGGAGCAUUAUGGAGGUCCGAGCUUCAUUCCAGAGGUUGCUCCUUGUGUCCAAUAAACUGAUUAUCAUCGUCACCAACGACGUUUGUGUUGACGACCUGCCGCCCGAGCUGCGUGCCUACAUGAACACACACGACUAUCUGCGCACGUCUGAAGCCUGCUUUUGGCAAAAGCUGGAAAUGUUCCUGCCGCCAAAACCGAAGACGGCAAGACAGCACGAGCCAGGUCCUACGACUCAAGGCAACACCGAAACCGUCAGCGACGGUGGGGCUGGCGACUACAUGCCCAGGACAAGUGAAAAGAACAACGACACCUGCUCGGAGGUCUCAGAUGUGUCUUACAGACCUGGGGAUACCGCGGAUAGAGGAUAACACGUUCUGAGAUCAUAUUUGCUGUAUAUCUGUCAGUCAGCACACGUUUAUGUCACAUUGUCUCAUAUAAUCACACACCUGUAACACAGAUGUUUGUCAACAAUCGAGCCAAUAAAUCCACGUCUUGUUUUGUAUUCACCAUGUCACCAACUCCCCCAAACUCCGCCAGUAAAAAGUCAACAGCAGCGGCCAUAACAAGGGCAGUAACUGUCCAGCAAUUGUUUCCCCUAUUGUACACACGUGAUGUUACCCACCAUCUUGUUGACUUGCUUGACGCAGCCGAUAAACGGCUUGUCACGUAUGGUAAUGGAGAUGGCUAGCAGAAGAUAUUUACACUUAAUGAGAAUGGAAUUCUUUUGACGGGUCGUGUCUAGCGGGUAAACCCGAUCAAGCCAUUGGACUUUGCUGGAAUUGUUGCACAACUCAGUCGACAUCAGACCAGUGUAAGCUGUUGACAAUAAUGGUAGGGGUCCUACAGCAGUCUAGGGCGGCUCAUAACAUUAUUUACCUUUCAAUGUAUAAAACAAGUUACAACAGUCGGUGUACAUUUCAACAGACCAUCGUGUAGUAAAGUGUUUAGACCACUACCAGCUUAUCACGAACUAGCGGAUUAAGUUACAGAAAAGCGGCUGUUGUACGACACACAACUCUCACUGCAGGCAGUCAUGGUGAUAAAACAAAGCAGACGAUUGAAACACGAAUAUUUAUUCCAAAUGUUGACUUACAGUUUGAAGAAGGUUCAUUGAUUUACACAGCAGACUCCCACCUCAAAUAUACUGACAAAACAACAACACAAUCUUCCACCCAUGACGUCACGAGCUGCACACGUGGCUAAAGAAUGAAUGAAUGAAAUAACGAGGGGAAUGGAAUGGAGAAUGAACGAACUACCCGCUAUCCAACCAUGUACCACUGUGUGCAGUGAUGCUAGUCUAAUGGUGUCAUCUGUUGGACACCAGUUUGAGAUCUGCUGUGGUGCAGACCACGUGAUCAGUACAGAAGACUUGAUGUUUAGGCCUAGAGCAGCUCACAACUGCUGCGUUUUUCCCAAAUAAGGAUGACUAUGUUUUGAUUGACAUUUUUAGACGAUUAGUCAACAAAUUCAUUUUAUACUAACUGAUUUUACACUUAUAUAUUAUAUGUAUACUUAUAUAUUUUAAUUAGGCCUAUAUGAUAAAACAAAUUUAAAAAAUGGCAACUAGAAAAAUGUUGGCAUCUUAACAAUAUAAAAUUUCCAAUAAAAAUUUUGAAUGGUGUGUUUAUUUUAUAAAAUCAUUGUUUUUAUUUUUAAAAAUCU